AUGUUUACUACUGUAUGUUUAAUCAGCUUGACUAUUGUGGGGAAAAGUCAGGUAAGGUAAUCAAGGUUGUUGUAGUAUUGGCAUUAGUUUACAUUCAGUUGAAAGAAUUAUCAAAAAAUUUCAAAACUUUUCAUGGUAUAGCAAGGUUGAGUAGGGUAAGGUACAGUAAGAUCACAUAGAGUACAGUAAGCUAAAGUAAAGUAGGAUCGGAUAGGAUAGUGUAGGAGAAAGUAAGAUUGAGUAUAGUAGGAUAUGGUAGGGCAAAACAGGGUGGGGUAGGGUAGUGCAAGGUAGGGUAAAGUAGAAUACAGCAACAUCAAAUUAAAAAAAUUUUAAAUUUAAAAAUCUGUACCAGCCACUCCAGGAUGCCCCAACACCAAACAUAUUGCCAACACUGCCAACUCUACCCACAUUACCUCCACUACCAACAUUACCCACUCUACCGCCACUCACUUUUGCUACAGUACCUGCAACCACAACUACCGUAACCGUACCUACAAUAGGUUUUCCUACAUUACCUACAUUAGCGCCAUUUACUUUUCCUACCUUAGCACCAUUACCUACCAUGGCUCCGGUGCCUACAGUAGCUGCAUUAGUUAUACCUACAGUGGCUCCUUUAGCGCCUGCUGUGCCAUUAGCACCUUUAAGUUUUGGUAAGGAUUUUAUGGUAUUUCUAUUACCAAUGGUAUAAGCUAGCUUGUAUUAACUUACAUUGUUUUAGAUCCCCCAAGCCUACAAGCCGCCCAAAACCAACCUAUUCUAGCUACAAUGCCUUCCCUACUAUCAGAAACAAUCCCUACAGAGCUUUUCAUCAAAGAAAAUGAUGAUACCAUAGCUACAUCAAUAUCAAAUGAAUCAAAUUUAGCUUCAGAAGCUACUAGAAUACAAUUUGAUGCUUCUCCAAGCCCUGGUUUAUCUACAACAGAAUAUAAUCCAUACUUAGCAACCUCAAAUACCAGCUCUAAUAUUAACGUCAACACUAAUCAAACUGACGAUUCCAAUAUUUAUAUAAACCCAAACUCAAACCAAAACCUAAAUCCCGAUGAGAAUGACAAUCCUUAUGCCAAUCUAAGCCUACAAAAAGACACUCCAACAGUAUCAUCGCUAUUACAGUCAGUAACACUACCACCGACAGCCCGACCGCCACAACCAUGGUUACCUACAGCACUUCAAAAAGCAUCACCUGAUAAAACUCAGCUGAUUAAUGGCGUGUAUAACAUUAAAAUUGGCCUAAUCUUUGAACAGAUGGACGAUGAUAGUGUUGGGUUUUCAGGAUCAGCUGGUGCCAUUAGUAUAGCGUUGGAUCAAGCUAAAGCACAAGGACUGAUAAACAAUAUUAAUGUGACGUAAGGGUUGUGAUUUGAAAGUUAUUUUGGAUUAUCCAUCAGGUACUUCAAUCCUUUGUUCCUUGCAGAGACGAAAAAUAGACGAUGUCUGCCUAGCCUGACUUUACGAUCGAGGUGGCAUUAAGCUAAAGUUGAAAAGAGACGGGUAUAAUAGUUGCCAAAUUAUUUUUCACACCUCCUUACCUCUCCCAGCCCCACUUCAAAAAAAAUACCCUGAACAAUAUUAACAAAACCCAAAAAUUUCAUCUAAGCCAGCAUAAACUAAGGUUUUAAGAUUUGAGUGGCAGUUAGACACAGGAAACAUAUCAAAAGCAACGGGUUUCGCCAACUCAAUGAUGUAUGACAGUCAAGUCCAUGCCAUUUUUGGGCCAACCAAAAUAGACGCCCAAAACGCUGUAGCAGCUUUGGCGUCUUAUCAGCAGAUACCACACUUCGUAUGGGGAAGACCAUGCCCAUAUGCUUUCAAAGAGAACCCAGAUCGAUAUAAUUCGACGGCCGCUAUGAGUGGUACCACUGCUGGGUAAGAUAAUAUCUUUUAAAACGUAGAAUUAAAUGAAUUUUGUGACCCACCUAACAAAUAGGUACCUAUAAACAUAAAAUUAUGUUAAACUUACGUUUUGAUAAAGCUUUCGGUCAGAAAGCUCUCGUUACAGACAACAUUGAGUAGAUUUUUAGAAAUCACACCUCUUGUUGACUAUAACAAGCCCUUCUCUUCUUAAACGAGUACCUAUCCUUUCAAAAAAAAUGUUCUCAUCUUAAAAAGCUUGAGUUCAUCAUAGGGUAAUUGCUUUCAGAAGUAUUGUAGCCCUGAUUCAUGUAUGUGCGUUUUACCAAUGGAGCAAUGUCGCCUUUCUCAACCUUCAAGCCGAUACCAUCUCUUCCGGCUAUUGUGGAGCCAUUUCGGACAGUAUUGACGUAAGUUUUGAUUGAACACAUCAAGAAAUCGAAUAAAACAAGAAUGUAAAUCGACCUAAAACAUUUAAGGACUGAAAGCCACCUAAAAUAUCAAAUAAAAGAAAAGAUAGCAAAACAUACCUUCUAUAUUGAUAGACUACAAGCCACUGCACAAGUGGAGAUCCUGCUACAUCUUUCCAAAAACAAGUACAAAAACAAACUAAAACAUUUUUCAAUCCCAGACUGACUUUUCACGUCUGUACCUAAAUUUUUCAGUCUGCAAUUCAAAAAUACUCUGACAACAAGAUCAACUUGGUAUUCAAACGAGAACUCUUCGAAAGAACGAUUGACAAUUAUAAAAAGAUAUUGUUGGACGUCUCUGAAGUUGCCAGAGGUAAGAAAUUAGUUUAUCGGCAAAAAAAUCUUCUUUCUGCGCCCUGUUAUCAAAAAAGGUUUGCAGCCUGCGUUUCCUGGAAUUUACGAUCGAGCUCCUCCAGCUAACUGGAGCUUCAAGAUUUGUAAUAUUAAAAGUAUUUUUAUAUAACUUAUGUUAAAGUAUCGUUACAAAUUGUUCUCAACCGUUUUUCUUAUAUUUUAGGUUAUGUUUAACGCUUUGAACUAUGUAAUAUUAUCUAAAAAGCUAAGUUUAACAUAUUAUUUUAGUUAUAAUACUAUGUUUCGACGUGGACACGGAAAAACGGGCUUUUAUGUUAGCCGCUAGCGAGAACAACAUGAUCAACAACGAUUACGUCUAUAUUAUGAUGCAGAGUGGUGGCACCACCUAUAGUAAGUUACCUUUUUUGUUGUUUUAAGUGUUAAACGAUUUGAAAAAUAUUUUUUGGGGGUUUUUAUGAAAAUAUUAUAUUCUAGUAUUGAGAUUUAGUUACUACUGAGUUGUGUAAGUCAAUAUUGUUGUAGAUAGUGAUGUCAUGUGGAUUGCAAACGAUGGAAGAGACAAAGAAGCCCAGGAAGCGUUUAAAUCUACCUUAAUUGUAAGUAGUUGAUCAAAGCAAGGCUUUAUUUGUAAUCUUAUUGGCCAUAAAUAGAGCUGGCUAUCUUUUUUAUAUAAUUUUAGAUUGACAAACCGACCGGUAAAAUCUAUUCAAAUUAUACAGACAAAGUGGUCCAGAAGAUCAAAGAAUUUCCUUGGUUGUGCACCAAUUGUACUACUAAAAAUGCUUCAACCUUAAGUUACUACUUAGGAGACGCUGUACUUGCUUAUCUUACCGCGAUCAAUCGUACCAUCAAGAUGUACGAGGACGAUCCGAAUCUAGUGACUUCAGUACUAUACAACUCUUCUAUUGUUCUAUAUCAAUUGCCAGAGUAUAUGAACGGAAUUGAGAACGACUUGUCGGUGAUCAAGUUUAGUAGGGUCAGGGCUGUCAACUAUGCUUUAUAUGGGUUGGGAAACGAUUUAACUCCGAAGCUGUGGGCUGAUGUGAGCACGUUGAUCAACAUAUCGAAUAUUGUGAGUUUGGAUAGGAUUCGGUCUGAAAGGGUGGCCACUGGGUUUGGGCUAGGCCGACCUGAGUGUCGGAGCCCAAACCAAGACAUCAAUGGCCUAAUCCAACCUCGAGGGGCCUAAAUCAAGCCUCUAGAGUCCAAAUAUUGGUUAAAUUUAGCGAAUGUUAUUGUAGAAAGACUUCACACCAACGUACACAAACCCAGCUACCUCAAUAUGGGCCACUCGUAAAGGGCAUCAGCCUUUGAAUGAGCCGGAAUGUGGGUAUCAAGACAACAAGUGUACUGCACCAACUUGGGCUUACGUACUCGUCGGCGUGGCUUGUAGCUUUUUAUUUGUCGCUAUAUUAUUGUUGUUUCUUGGGUGCAUCUUUUGGUGAGUUUAAAAGUGUUAUUUUACGCUAUUAGUAGUACUUCGAAAACGUUGGUUAGGAUGUUGUAAGGUACGGAAGAGUAAGGCAGGGUACGGUUGGGUAGCGGAAAGUAAAGUAAGGUAGGGUAGGGUGAAGUAGCGUACGGUAGGUAGGGUAGGGAGGAUCAAAAAAAAGUUUUUUUUAAAUACAGGGAGGGUAUCUUUGGCAAUUAAAGAAAUAUAUAAGGAGGGGCUGGCAAGCUUAAAAUUCAACCAAACUUGAUGAUCUUGUUGUAGGUUCCGACGAGUACAACAAAAAAGGCUGAAUGCCCUGUGGCAAGUUGACUAUCAUCAGCUGGAGAAGAUGGAAGAAACUGUAAGUUAAUACAAUUUAAACACAUAAAUGUUAAUAAUAAAACAAUUAAAUUAAUUCACCCGUAUUUUACAAAGAAAACAACUUUUUUCCCAUAUAUGCAUGUUAUCGUGAUGGGACCAAAAAAUUCGAAUGUUUUGCUUUUUUUGGCUUUUAAAUGCCUAAACAUUAACAAAAAGUUAAAAAAUUUACGCUUUUUUAAAUUUUAAAACAUCUAAAAUUAAAAAAAAAUUCUUUUUCAGUCUAGAUCAGGCCGUUCAAUGAGCAGUUUCACCAUUUCCAACGCCACAAUCGACAGUCUAACCCAAACUGACGUUCAAUAUCGUUACUUUAACCAUGAGAUCGUGACAAUGAAGAAGUUUCCUCCGUUUCGACAGUUUUCGCUUCGAAAUGAAGCUGAAUUGAGAGAAAUGAGACAACUCGACCAUCCUCAUCUGAAUCGAUUUUUGGGCCUAACACAACAUGGUCCUAGUUGUUACACCAUCUUCAGGUACUGCGAGAGAGGUACGGUGGAGAAUGUGAUCAUGGAAUAUGACGAGAGGAUUGAUGGGAGGAUUAUCAGCAGCAUGGUGGCUAAUAUUGUUGAGGUAUGGUUUUGGUUGAAGUUUUAGGGGGUUAUGGUAGGGUAUGGAAUGUCGAAUGAUGGGUUAAGGUAAUGUAAGGUAGGGGAGUAUAGGGUAGGGUAAAGAAGAGUAAGGUAAUGUAUGGUAGAGUAGGUAAGGUAAAGUAAGGUACAAUUACGUAAAUUUUGAACCUUUAGUAUAAAGUAUUGUUUUAGGGCCUUUACUACCUUCACAACUCGAAAUUUGGUGCUUUGGGUUGUUUGAAUGCUGAAUCAUGUCUAGUAGAUGAUAGAUUUCAAGUCAAACUUCAGUAUUAUGGAAUGACUGUGAUCAAACAGAACGUUGAGGUCAAGAAACAUAAAAAGAGUACGUUUUCAUUGAGUUUUUUUUUUGAGUUUCAAACAUGUUUUUUGCCAUUUUUAACGUUUAUAACUACUAAAAACUUCAAUAAUAUUAAGAAUAGAACAAAAGAUAACAUAUCUUAAUGAAAAUCUUUUUUAAUCAAGCUUUUUAACUUCACAAAAGCUUUGAAUUAACGUCAAUUAGCGUCCAAAAGUGUCAGUAAACAAAGCUUAAUCCUUCCAGAAGCCCUAUACAUAUCUCCCGAGCUCCUUCGACGUUCGUACGUCGACAUGUGUGGUACGAAGCCAGGUGAUAUCUACUCAUUAGGCGUCCUACUCACUCAAAUGUACUCAAAACAAUCAGUUUGGCAAGUAGACGAAAAGCAGCUGGACAUCAAUGACAUAGUAAAACGAGUCAUUAAAGGCACCGAACCUCUGGAAAGGCCGAGUCUUGAGUUUGGCCAUAACGUCGAGUACAACGAGCAGAUCAUCUUCGCCAUCAAGAGCUGUCUACUGGAAGACCCGGAUGAGCGGCCGGAGAUCAAAAAUAUAAAGAAUCGGCUACAAGGUGAUAAGACCAAGAAUCUCAUGGACUACAUGUUCGCAUUGAUGGAGAAUACUGCUAAUGAACUGGAACAGCAGGUCCAGCAAAGAACGGCCGAGUUGGCUGAAGAACAGAAGAAGGCCAACCUACUGUUAUAUCGUAUGAUGCCAAAGGCGGCCGUUGAUGUGCUACGGAACGGUGAAAGUGUGGAGCCUCAGGUGUUUCGAAUGGCUACUGUAUUCUUUUCGGAUAUUGUGUCGUUUACUGUGUUGUCAUCGAAAAGUACACCUCUGCAGAUCAUCAACUUUUUGAAUCAGGUAUAUACGAUGACUGAUGAUGUGAUAGAGCGGCAUGAUGUAUAUAAGGUGGAGACGAUUGGGGAUGGGCUUCAUUGUGUGUCAGGUGGGUUGCAAAUUGUUUUUUAGUGUUAUAAGAUGUUGUAGUAGGUAGUUUUCACAUAUUUUUCAAAGAAAAACAAGUUUUUAUUUUCUGCAGCCUGCGGGUAACAACUUAUACGAAUGAUAUUUUACUUUUAACCCAUUUAUACUAAUGUUUUGCUUUUUAAACCCAAUUUUUUGCCAUUUUUUAUUGUUCAAAGCUAGCUUUAGUUGUUUUUGUUUAUUAUUUCAACAGUAUGACAAUUAUUUACCACUUUUUAUUUAUGUAACAAUAUAUAAAAUCAUGUUAUUGUAGGUAUUCCAAUAGAAAAUGGAGAAAAUCACGUGAAAGAGAUCUGCGAUAUGGCUAUUGGCCUCCAAAAAGGUGCCAAAACUUUACAUUUGGCCCAUUUGCCAAACGAAAAAGUUCAAUUGAGAUUGGGCGUGCAUUCUGGAGCGUGUGUUACUGGGAUCGUUGGUAUGACAGCACCCAGAUACUGUGUGUUCGGGGAUACUGUAAAUUUGGCUGCGAAAAUGGAAAGCACUGGAAAACGUAUGUUUUUACCUUACCCUGCCUUACUUUAUCCUACUCUACCCUAUCUUGCUUUACUCGAAUCUACUUUCCCGUACUCUGCCUUACCUUGCCCUGACCUACUCUACCUCACUCUGCUUUAUCUUACCUUACGUUAAUCUAUUGUACCUUAGCCUACUGUACCCUAAUAUACUCUAUCUUAGCUUUUUUUACUCUACCUUGUUCUACCUUAUUUUACACUAUUGUCUUCUACCCUUCCCUACCAUAGUUACUGCAUUGUAUCUCACCUUACUUUAUCUUAUCUUACUCUAUCUGCCUUAUCAGAGUUAGCCUAGUCUACUGUUUUCCGCGCCGUAAUUCUACUUUUUUAGCCGGUCAAAUCCACCUUAGCCCAACCUCCAAGCUGUUAAUCGACCAACACUUUCCCAAAAGAUAUCAUAUAGUAUCAAGAGGUGAAGUACUGAUCAAAGUAAGGAUUUUAAACAUUUAUAUCAUAAAAGCACGUAUUGUAAUUGCUACUACAGUAACUUAGAAUGUUUUUUUCUUCAUACGAUAAAGAAAAAGUAAGGUAGGUUAGGGUAGCGUAGCGUUAGGUACUAUGAGUACUGUUACUACAAACAAACGGCACUUUUUGCCUUUUAAAAGAUACUUGUAUCGUACUAAAUAUUGAAGUACCUAAAAAUUAGUUUUUCUUCAACAAAAACACCGUACUCACUAACACAACAUGGCAAUUUUAUAGUGACACAAAAAUUAAUUUCUUAUACUUCGUACUACUAUUAGUACCCGAAACAUUGUUGUUUUCAGAACCGUGGUAGUAUGCACACAUACUGGGUAGUGCCUCCAGGCGAAACCAUACGACCGCCAACUUAA